CUUAUAUAAGCUGGUCUAGCUGUACUAGUACAGGAGUAUGGAACCAAAGGUAUGCUAAUCGGUUCCUCCGGGCUACCCAUUUUCCAGCUGCGCUCUCGAGGGUAGCAAUCCACUAUGUUCCCCACUUCCGGAUUGUUCCAAGAUCUUCUUUGCCCCAUGUUCAGUGAUGGAUCUUGUGAUAGACCUUAUUGCCAUUUCAAUCAUUCAAAGGCCGAUCCAACAGGGACACCUGCAGUAAAAAAUACAAAAGAGGCCGUGAACGUAAAUGCUGAUCAAUCUGCGACAGCUCCCGUUUACAAGCCCACACCUAUCAAGUUGCUCGAGCAGCGCGAGCAGCUCACCUCUACCGAUCGCAAUCCAAAUGGACCACUUACAACAGCCGCUGCAUCAAGUCGUUCGUCCGACGUCCCGGUCUAUCAACCAACUCCUAUCAGUGAAUUAGAAAAAUAUGCGCCAUGUUCCCUAAAUAUAUACGGUUUACCUGGAGAUGAGAAAGGUGGUGUGGCCUUGAAUCAGUCAAUAGAACCUCCUACGUAUUCUCCGGUGGUGCACCAAAAGUCAGCUAUUGUUGGUUCCGUAGGUACUCUGACUUAUCCUCCAGCAUUUAACUACCAACCUUCCCCAGCGUACCCACCGUUACCCACUAAAAACCCCACUGUUAACCUGCGUGACGCUGUCGAAAUCCCUAUAGGACCUCCUACAGAAGCUGUCCCCAAUCAGUCAAGCAAAACUCCCAAACACAAGCACGGCGUCACUUCGGGUGAAAUCUCAUCACCCGUGGAAUCACGGCUCAAGUAUCCUUCAGAAUCGCCCAACACAUGUUCGUGCAAACGUAAUGCUACUGAUGAACCUGAGGAGUCUGAGGAUUCUCCAGCGACGGCAGCAACAAAACGUCAGAAGAUUCUGGCUCUCUAUAAAGAUCUUUAUGGUGAUCAACCCUUACCCGCUAAACCCAAAGUUGAUGAACCUCCUACGGUUAAAACAAAGGGUCCCAAAUCGGCUCUAAGUCCGAUUCUUCCCUAUGCAGGCGCACCACUUACCAGACCAUCCAAAAAGGAGCCUGAAGGUGAUCGUAGACUACAAUCCGAGCCAAAAGAGGAUGUUAAUGGCACCGCCUCAACCGUGGUUCUGAACCCUCGUCCACGGGCACCUCUGAAGAAAAGCGAUAAGAUCCCGAUGCCCAUUCGGACGCGGUACUUGGAUCAGUUCAUAGAAGAGUGCUUAGUCAUCUACGAAUUCCCGAACGAUGCCUACGACAGAGCCCUCACAGAUGAACAAGCCUGCCAUGAUAAAGCCACCAGCAGGAUGGCUUAUUUAAAUGCUGUCAUUCAACGCCUCAAAUCACUGAAAGCAGAGAAGCUCCAAGUUCAGGCGGAAGGAGUGAGAAAAUCGGGUUCGGGGCCGAAACAAGCAAGAGUGUCAGUCGCCAAACCGGAACAUGUCAAGGACGAGGCGGAAUCGGCUGAAAAACAACUUGAUGAAAUUGUUCAAGGUCCUCUUUUGUACGAUCAUCUGCGUAGCUAUCUGCUUAGCGAAGAGCAGCUGGUUGAAAAUGGCUUUCCCCGUGAGGACAAGUCUGCAGACGCCCCGUACGGCAAAGCCAAACUUUUGUUUCCGGAUGACAAGCGCUCUAUCCACGAUUCCUGUCCUAGAAACGAACGUCUUUGUUCGCGUUGUGGUGCACGUUACUGUGUGGAUGAGUUGGGAAACGCAGUGGUCUAUGAAAAAUGUGUAUACCAUUGGAGUCGGCCCGUGAAGCAGCGUAUUCCCGGAAUGGGUGUCGAGUUGCGUUACCUAUGCUGCCAAGGUGAUCUCGGCCAACCUGGAUGUCAACUCUGUACUGAAGGCCACGUACACGAAGCCAACAAAUGGCUCGACACGGAAGGCUUUGUGGCCACCCUCCCACCUCUUGUUCCCAUUCGAGAUGAUUCUGCACAUUCGGACAUUCCUACUCAGGAGCCCACUCCGGUCAAUGUGUACGCAAUCGAUUGUGAAAUGGUUUACACGACAGCGGGCUGUGAACUUGGGCGAGUAACUAUCGUGGACACCAAGUUUCAGCCAGUGCUGGACUCGAUUGUUCGUCCUUAUAACACUAUAAUUGAUUGCAACACCAGGUUCUCGGGCCUGAAACGAGAAGAUAUUGAACAGUGUGAUACACGCAUCACAGAUAUCCAGUCGAAACUUUUGCAUUUGUUUGACUCGGACACAAUUUUGAUUGGCCACAGCCUGGAGAGUGAUUUGGUGGCGUUGAAACUUAUUCACAGCAAGGUCGUGGACACUUCUGUCAUGUUCCCUCAUCGGUAUGGGCCACCGAAGAAGCGAGCUUUACGUAACCUCGUUUCUGAAAUGUUAAACCGGAUCAUACAGCAAGAUGAUGACGGUCACAGUAGCCUUGAGGAUGCCGUAGCCUGCAUGCAGCUUGUCCAACACAAAGUCAAAGAAGAUCUCCGACGAGGCAAAUGGUCUUUGAAGUAGACUUGCUGUCCACCUGCCACUCUGUAAAUAGUCAACCUCGCCAACGCACUUUUUGAAUCGGGUACUCUAGAGAACUGUGAUGAAGCGCACCUGGUUCUGAUUUUGUUGCAAUACAUUGUUAUUUUCACUCUGUCUUGGCCAAUUGUCGACACUGUCACUCCGAAUCACUGGAAUCUCUCUUUUUGAAGUGUGAUGGAUGCUUCACUCAGAUGCAUACAUUUA